CAACUCAGCGCAUGAAGGGAGGAAAGCAUUACUGUUCAGUACUGGAGAAAGAGAGGAAAGAGGCUAAACGGCAAGCACAGCCCACAGGCCGGGCCAGAGAGUGUACAAACAGAAUGUGUAGAUGCUUCCCCGGUGAAGGGCUGCCAAGAAUUGUGCAUGAUGUCCCCACAGCACAGAGAAGACAGCAGGUAAAAAAGAGGGAACGGACGCAAAUCAAAGCCCACCAGGAACGCAUGCUUCGAGGGAGGGAACUCACAGAGCAGAGACUCAAAGAACAACUCGUGCAGAAAGACCAGAGCCAGCUCCCUUCACUUGAGACGCUCCAUCGAGUGAAAAAAGAAAUGGAGGACUGCGAGAGGGCUAAUGCACACCCGCUUCUGCAGCUACGCACUAAAAGUCUCAUUAAGUUGGAGAGUCUUUUGGAGAAGUCUCAGGCAGGAGAUGAAGGGAAAACAGCUGUAAAGCCCAAUCAAAAGAAAUGCUUGACCCUGCCACCUUUUUUGAGAAGUCAUGUACAAAAAAAUCAAAGAUCAGUAAAAUUUUGAUGCCUUUGGU